GAUCUGCGCCGGGAACGCUCAUAAUCCGGCCCUGAGCGUGGGUCCGAGGAAAUCGACCAUUUUAACCACGCCGCGCCUCGCUCGUUCUGGUCCUCGUUCUCUCGGCCAAACCAUCCUUCGCAUGGUCUAUCGCUCCCACGGUCGAUAAUCAUGGGCUCGACGCAGUUUGGCAAGUUCCACGACUUCUGUCGGGAUUCGACUCUACCGGUCUGCAAUCUUUUUGUCGACAACAAUCAACCCCCUAAUCGAGAGUUCGGCGGAUGUGCACUACUGGGCAUUGGACUCAGCGGGGAUCGAAAUCUGAGCAAUUUGGGGUCGAUUUUGCUGGCCUUUAUCGCUAUAUUGACGUCGCUGUUUUUGCUGUGGCGGUCAGACCGGAAACAAGCAGCCGUUGGGCGAAGGGAAAUCCAAUUGUUUUUGCUCGGUUUCAUUGUCAUUGAGAUUUGCGAAAUCUUUAGCGUUGGCGGCUUUCCCCUCGAUAGCGCAGUUCGCAAGGGAUUUUCGGCUGCGCAUAUCGCCGCAAUUACCGCAACAUGUUGGAUUCUUCUGUUGAACGCCAUGGUGGGAUUCCAGUUCCUCGAUGAUGGCACCCCGGCCUCCCUCGGUCUCUUCAUCGCGUCCGGCCUCGUGUUUUUCAUUGGAACGGGUUAUAUCGCCUUGGACACAGGUUUCAACUGGACCGGGGAAUUCGCGCCGAACGAGUCCACCGGAUAUCGCAACAUUGCGCUCUACGUGCUGUACCAGUUGUUUCCCCUCGUCUGCUUGGUACUGUUUUUCGUGUUGGAAACCGUCCUCGUGAUCCGCGUCCUCGGUGAAUUCCGGCCGAUGUUUUACCUGGCCGGUGCCGGUCUUCUCUUUGCCAUCGGGCAAAUCUUCAACUACGUGGUCAGCACCCACCUCUGCCAGGCUACAAGUGGGAAGAUCAACGGCGCUCUAUUCGAGACCCUCUUCACCCUCCUGUCAGUGGUCAUGGUCUGGGUCUUCUGGAGCAGCAUCACGGAGGACGACUGGCCCGUGCCUUCGCUUCCCACCGGAACAUACAACAACUAAUCGAUCGAACGUGCCCCCCAAACACACUCAUAUAUGCCCGCAGACCGUUUUUCCUGUUUUCCACUCCUUAGAAUCUCGACUCGACGAU